AUCAGUUAAGUAUUUAUAUUCUUCAAACUUGAAAGCAAAAUCAACCUUGAGAUAUUUGGAACCAUGCAUCAAAAUCGAAAAUUAUUUAUGUUAAGGAAGCAAGCUUCAUCAUCUUCCUCCAAUGGUUUUUUCUCACUUUUUCUUCUAGGGUAUUAUCUAUUAUGGAAUUUUUUAGUCAUCAAUAUGACCAAAAUUGGAGGCACAAAACAUGCUUGUGCUGCAUGUAAAUAUCAAAGGAGAAAAUGUGCCCCUGACUGCCCUUUUGCUCGCUACUUCCCGGCUGAUCAGCCCAAGGUGUUUCUGAAUGCUCACCGCCUUUUCAGGCUGUCGAAUAUUGCGAGAAUCUUGAACAAGGUUGAUAGUGAUAAAAAGGAUGAAGCUAUGAGAACCAUUAUUUUUGAGUCCACCAUUCGUGCAAAGUAUCCGGUUCAUGGAUGUUGGGGGAUUAUUGGCAAACUCCAGCAUCAUAUACAAAGCUCCAUGAAUGAGCUACAGUUGGUGAGGGCAACGCUGGCGAGAUACAAAGAGUGUGACCAUUUUCAAGUACCUUCUUCAACAUCACUUUCUGAAAUAAGCACAGCUUUGAGUUAUGCCCUUAAUAGAGGGCAAACUGAUAUGUAUGCAGAAACUGGUGAAAUUUUGAUGAAGCAAAAUGGUUUGAAGGUUGAAGAAAAUUUUAUUUAUAAUGAUGCUAAAGAAUUUCCCAUUACAAUUCCAGAAUUACAAAUUCCUGAGGAUUAUGACUACCCCUUUGAUACAAAUGGGUUCAUUAAUAUCAAUCCAUGCACAGAAUCUUCAAGUUUGGAAUCAGAGGAUGCUAAUAAGGAGCUCUUAGUCCAAAGAAUAAAGGACGAGAAUUCAUGUAUAUAGAUUGAUUUUUUUUUCUGGGUUUUACUAAUUUAUAGUUUAGGGAUGAUUAUUUUUCAGUUUACAUAUUCACCUAGGAUUUCAUUUGGAUUACUGUGUAGAGUUUGUAACACGUUUGAUGAUUAUAGUUGUCUUGAUAGUCUGUUAAUUAUUCUUUUUCUACAUGUUGUAAAAGUUACAAUUAAGCUUGCAAUAAAAUCAAGCUGUAACUAUCUAAACCAGAUUCAGUUGGGCUAUUGUUGAGCCUGAGUUUGAGUUUAAGCGGCUCGAAUGCUACUUGGAAAGGCUAUUUGCUCCUCUGCAUUAGAUUCAGAGCAAAACUCAUCUUUGGCUUCUGCACUUUUGAUCGUGUACCAUUUGAGUUGUCGAACACUGAGAAAGUUUUGGUCGCAUAAUGUCAAGCUUUCACAUUGGAAAUAUCAUGUGGUCUGUGCAAUUUGCAACAAAUAGCUGCUUUUCUGCUCAUGUUUAUGUGAUUUGCAGAUCAUCUGGUCUCCACCAGCACUUCCUUUUGUAGCACAUCCGGUCUCCAUUGCAAUUUUUUGUUGCCUCGGUAUUCCUUGCAGGUGAUUAGGCAUAUAUUGUCUCCAUUGCAAGGUCUGUAGUCCAAAUGUCUUUUGCAGACUCCAAGUUCAUGAUCCUUGUGCUAGAGAAUGGACAGACUUCAGCUUUGGACUUUCUAAUUUUUACUUUUCUUGUGGCUAUUGAGUUGAGCGAUGGUAAGAUUUGCAGGCAAUGGAGUAAUGACACAAUCUUCCUCUCCUGCCUCUCUCAAACACUAUGUGGUGCAAUACAGGUUUCCAUUAUUUCACAUUAUAGUGAUUUUGGUUUGUGAUUGUGGACUCAGAUCCCUCAAAACAAUUGUUGUAA